AUGAAUAACUUAUUUUCGAAUAUACCAAUUUUCAUGCGUCGUCGUAAUUCAUUGCCUGAAGGUUCAAAAGACAAUCCUCUAAACCCCUUACUACAACAAAACACCCUCACAUCAGACAAAAAAGGGCUAUUGCAACGUAUCCCCAGUUUCUCUUAUUCUCCCGCCAUUAAGCACCAUAACUCGACACGUUCUAUGAAAAAGACACUUCAUCGAAAAUCAAGCAAAUCAACAUUAAAUUCUACUACAAUUAACGCAAACUUUACGAUCAGUUCCGGUAGAGAAUCAUCAAGAAAUUCAGUAAUUUCAACUCCUGACACACCAGAUUCUUGCGGAUCAGAAGGCUAUGUUAGCUUUCCUAAUUAUGAAUAUUUUGAUGCGAAUUUAUUUCUUGAUGAUGAUCAAACCUAUUUGUUGAACAAAAAUUUCGGGGGAGUUGAUAUGGAGCGAUACGACGAAAUGUUUGUUGGCGACGCGAAAAUAGAAUACUAA